AGCCCCGCCCCUUCGGUCCGUAGUAACGGAGGCUCGCUCACUAACGCUGCGAUGAUGGACCUCACCUCGCGGACACAAUGACCGACUCUUCGUGCUCUUUGCGAAACGCGCCUUGUGGGUUUUAAAUGGGCUUUAAGUCCCUUUUUAUGUCGACGGUUUUUUCAACGACUGUGAAGACUUGAGCGGGUUUUUUUUUGUAUUAUCGGCGCUGCAGCUCGUGGACGAAUUAACAUGACUUUUAAUGAACGGCCACCGGUUGGAGCUGGGCGCUGAUCUAUCGAAGAGCACUAUGAGGAGAUGACAACAAGCGGCCCCUAAUCCAGAAAGGAUUCCUCUUCUCUGUGUAAAGUGCCUGCUAACCGUGUGUAAGGACCAUUGGGAGAACAAGAAUCAAGUCAAGGACACGUUCACCCCCCCGCAACCUCGCUCAGCUUAGCAGAAGAUGGGAGUGAGAAAAUAAAGCUCUGCAGAGUAAAGAGAGGCUUAAUGAAUUCCAAGGAAUUUUAAAACAAACAGUGUGCAUUGGUGUGUGUGUGUGUGUGUGUGUGUGUGUGUGUGUGUGUGUGAGAGAGAGGAUCAACCAUGUGCACGUUAGCUGCGUCUGUCCACUGUCUUCUGGCUGCUGCGCUGAUAUUGGCCAUCUGCCUCCAAUCAUUGACCGCCACUGAGGAUGAUGUCACACCACGCAUCAGUUUCUCUUACAAUGCAGCGGAGAGAUCGGCCAAGAGAUUUUCAGCGCAUGGCGUCUUCAAUUACACCUUCUUGCUGCUCAGCCAGGAGGACGACAUGCUGUACGUCGGAGCCAGGGAGGAGCUGUUUGCCCUCAGCCUCUCGGACAUCAGCAAGGCCGAGCUCCAGAAGAAUCUGACGUGGGGCACUCCUGCCGGCAAAAGACAGGAGUGCAGCUUCAAAGGAAAGAAUCUGCAGACUGAUUGCCUUAAUUACAUCAAAAUCCUCCUCCGGCUGAACAGCACUCAUCUCUACGUGUGCGGCACCUAUGCCUUCAGUCCUAUUUGCGCCUACAUAAACACGUCAACGUUCACACUGGAGAGAGACGAAGCGGGCGAGGUCGUGAUGGAAGAUGGGCGCGGCCGCUGCCCCUUUAAUCCAGAGUAUAAAUCAACUGCCAUCAUUGUUGAUGGUGAAUUGUACACUGGUACUGUCAGCAGCUUCCAGGGGAACGAGCCAGUCAUUUACAAGAGUUUGGUUCAGGGAACUGCGCUGAAGACCGAAAACUCUUUAAAAUGGCUCCAAGAUCCAGUUUUUGUCGGGUCGGCCUACAUCGAGGAGAGUCAGCCAAUAGGAAACCCCGUGGGAGACGACGAUAAGAUUUAUUUCUUCUUCAGCGAGGCGGGAAAAGAAUAUGACUUCUUUGACAACACCAUUGUGUCAAGGAUUGCUCGCGUGUGUAAGGGGGAUAAAGGCGGCGAACGCGUGCUGCAGAAGAAAUGGACGACCUUCCUUAAGGCCCAGCUCCUGUGUUCCCUCCCAGAUGACAUUAUCUACUUCAACAUUAUCCAGGACAUGUUUGUCCUGAAGCCCACAGGAGACAGCUGGGAAAGCACCGUCUUCUAUGGCGUCUUCACCUCGCAGUGGUAUAAAGGAGCAUCAGGCAGCUCAGCGGUCUGCGCGUUCACCAUGGCGCAGGUGGAAAGAGCCUUCAGCGGGCGCUACCGAGAGGUCAACCGGGAGACCCAGAAGUGGCACACGUACAACCACCCGGUGCCAGAACCACGGCCCGGAGCGUGUGUGACCAACCACGCCAGGCAAAUGGGAAUCCAGUCGUCCUUGCACAUGCCCGAUAAAGUGCUCAACUUUGUCAAGGACCAUUUCCUGAUGGACAGCGUGAUCCGCAGCACUCCCCUGCUGUUGAAACGCAACGUGCGCUACACUCAGAUCACCGUGCACAAGAUCCAAGGCAUGGAGAGGGCCUACGACGUGCUCUUCAUUGGAACAGAUGAUGGAAAGCUCCAUAAGGCCAUCAACGCCAACGAUAAGAUGCACAUCAUAGAGGAGAUUAUUCUGUUUCCUGAGCCUCAGCCUGUGCAACACAUCGAACUUGAUCCUCAGAGGGGUCUGUUGUUUGUGUCGUCCAACUCUGGGCUGGUGGAGGUUCCUGUGGCCAACUGCUCCAACUACCCGAGCUGUGGAGAGUGCGUGUUGUCCAGAGACCCAUACUGCGCCUGGACCGGACAUCUGUGUCGGGACGUCAGGAUGGCCCCACCGGACAGUCACUGGCAGCAGGAUGUCGAAGAGGCCGAUACAUCUGCCAUUUGUAACAGGACGUUUCCCAGAACAACAUCUGCCGGACCAGCAGCUUCUCGUGGCCCCCAAUGUAAGCUCAUUAUAAUCCCUGCCAACACGUUCAGAGUCCUGCCAUGUAAGCUGCGCUCCAACUUGGCACAGAGAAGGUGGCGUUACAGUGACAACGCCAGCCAGUACCUCUACGCCACACCAGAGGGGGACCUGGUAGUAGUGGCGCAGGCCGACAGGAUGGAGACCUACGAGUGCUGGUCGGAGGAGGAGGGUUUCCGCCAGCUGUUGGCCAACUACUGCGUGAAGGCGGAGCCCCGCCAGGAGAGCACCACCGUGAUCGGUCACUCGCGCACGUCGCACGUUGAGCCGGCGGAGACCAUCCUGCCCGGCGAGUCUCGUUCCCAGCAGCACCACGCAAAGACGUACUGGAACGAGCUGAUUGUGGUGUGCGCCCUGCUGGCGUUCUCCCUGGUGGUGUUCUCCCUGUUCGUCAUCUACAGGAACCGGGAUCACAUGAAGUCCAUGCUGAAGCAGGGCGAGUGCCCCAACAUGCAGCAGAAGAAGCCGAGGAUUGUGGGAAAGCCGGCUGAGAGCUUGCCGCUCAACGGCAACACCAUCCCCGUCUCCACUUCGGAUCACAAGGGCUACCAGACGUUGAAUGACAACUACAUCUGCAGCACGCCGACCCACGAGUCCUCGCCGGACAACAGCAAGAGCUUCUCCGAGUCCUCCGACAGGCGGCCGCUUAACGUGAAGGAGAGCCACGUGGAAUACUCGCCGACCUGCCCGCGGCCCAGAGUGAGGCUCGGCUCGGAGAUCAAAGACUCCAUUGUUUGAGAGCAACCUGUUCGCUAAAAAGAUGCCACCCUGCGUCUCAGAUACGGGCCACCGAGCAAAGGAGAGGAGACCCCCCCGACAUCCCCCUUUACGUCACGGCACCUUUCUUAUUUUUGGUCAUCUUCUGUUCUGUGAUCAGAGGUCAUCUACUUGGUUUAAUUAUUUCCACUCUGAAGCCGUAGGUUGGUCUGGUAGAGGAAGCUGCGUUACUCGACAGCCAUGGCUGCUGCUCAGAGUAGUUCUAACGGUCUUUUGUUUGAGUCGUCAUCCUCAUGGUGUGUGUGUGUGUGUGUGUGCGCGUGUGUGUGUGUGUGUGCGCGCAGGGCCGGGGCAAUAUAGGAAGAAGAAUAGGGGGAAUAUAAUAAAAAUACUGUUAAAAGAAGACUUCUUCCUAUAUCAACAUUCAGCACAGUAUCUCUUUAGGUAUUCAAGAUCCAGUAUUAAAAUGUUCAUCAUGAUAUGAACAUCAUACAAAGAGUUUAGACCAGUGGAAGGUUCCCCGGCCCGGUUAGAUGGCCCAGAAGAUGGAUGCCACACAGGCAACAGUUUUUUUUUUAAGCACACCAGAACCAAGCUACAGCGCCAUCAUGACCUGGAGUUCAGGUUUAGCGGAGCAUAAUACAUGCGUUGCAUGGAGGCAAGUCAGAAGCACAUUUGUUCUUUUUUUUGCUGAACAGAUGUCAUGACUGUUGGAGGAUAAAGCUGCUGAAAGAUGAGUAGAGGAACAGUUAUUAAAGUGACUGAGAGAAAGUUGAUCAAAAUGCUCCAGGGCCUGAAAGCGUUAACAAUAACCUCCUGAAUGUAUAUUGUUUGUUCCACGGUUUCAUUCACACAUCACUGCACCACGGACGACUUUGGGAACCCGUUGCUCCUCAUCUUCAUCUUCAGUAUUGACCUGCAGGUACCAGGACGAAGAAACAAAAGACCCUGUUUUGGAGGCGAAUUUAGAAAAGAGACCUAAAAUUUGAUCAGCUACGGCGGUCAUUACAAGCCGACAGAGGAAGAAGAAGAAGGUGGGACGUCCACUCCUCUCCUUUCAUCAGGGCCGCACCAUGUGCACUGUGCCAAAACACAGCAACAACUUCUCUAAAUGCAAUAGUGCCAUACUGUUAUGACCACUCCCAUGCUUUGCAAUAGCAUUGAUCACUGUCGAAGAGCACACGGGGACGGGCCCAGAAGUGGGUUUGACGAAGGUGAGAUGUUGAAAAUGUCUCCUCAGACUGUUUCACCCGGUGUUGGGCAAAACUCAUUUGACUUUCAAAGGACAUGGCCUGGAGAUGAGUUCAUGUGAAAACCUGUCUCGUGGUUGCCAGGUGAGAAAAUAUUCCAGUUUUCCUUCAGCCACUCUUAACGUCUCAUACCUUCUUGGUAUACACAUAAACACACAGGUACAACUACUUUGAGACCAUCGAGCUUGAUGAGCGCUAAUAACACAAAAUGUGGUUAAUAGACAGUGGCAACAACUCAAAAGAAACAGUCACAGAACAGCCAACAACAACUGCAAGUCUAUUGGAGAAAUAGUAUUCCACGUGAUCUUAUCCAGAGUCGCCUACGUGGCGAUGCAGUUGCACAGAGCGCUGUAUCAGCUCAACAUGACCCUCCAGGUUACAUUUCUUGCAUACACACUCACUCAGAUGUCAUUGGAACAGUGAAAGCACAAGUAAUCACGGCUGUGGAUACUCGCCGGUUUGCACCUCCGUGAAAUCAGCUCCAACUCUUAAGAAAUGCAACUACUGAGAGACGGAAGGUGUGGCUGCUGAGGGGGGGAAAAAAACAACAACAAAAAAGAUUUGUUAUUACAGGGACCAGUGCAACCAUUACGAAAACACCCUUGCACUCACAUUUGCUUCAACUGUUGAGACUUAACAAGCAGAGAUUCCCAAAGAUGUAGGAAGCAGAUGGUGUCGUGUACAGCCAUGGGGACAACAUGGCACCACAUGUCUUAGAAUACAUCACCAACUAACCCUAUUGAUCAAGCUAGCCUACAGUAAACAGUAUAUUCCAGUAUCCUACCGAGUACACGUUUAGAUAUUUCUAACACCGAGCAGAUGACUAAAUGCUAGGUACCUGCUACAAGUGGACAAAGUGCACAGCAUACUGCGCAACAGCCGCCAGUGUUUCCUUUGCUUUUCUUUUCCUGUGUGCGUGUGUGUGUGUGUGAAUAUAUACAGUAUCUGUGCUUAAUGUUGUGUUUUUUUUUUUUUUUUUCAAGGGACCUUGUGCAAGAUGUGUUGUAGAGAUAGUCUUGAAACUAGAGAGUGGACACUGCUGAUAUUUUGUUUUCAUAGUGCUUUACUGCCUACUCCCGCUUACAUUUCCAAUCUUGCACAGAUGCUGUCAGCUCUGCACCUGGGCUCGUUUUUUUGUUUUUUUUCAAUCAAGCAUGCUCAAGCAGGGGGGAGAGCCUUGUUUUGAUUUUCAUCCCAAACUAAAUUGAAGGGGGUGGAAAUACGCUUGUUUGCUUUCCUGCUAAGAGUUAAAUGGGAAAAGUCAUGCCACUUAUAACUGUAUGUUUAAUUAGAAGUUACCACCAGCUGCUGCCAGGAAUCACUGGAAAGCUUCUCAAGUUGUGCAAAGCAAGCUAAGCAGUUGUUUGCUGAGGCUUAUUCACCAUGCACACACGGGUGGUGUCGAUCAUCCUAUCUAACUCUUGGCAGUAGCACAAAUGCCCGUAUUCCCCAAAAAGGUCAAGCUAUUCCGUCGUUUGCUGGGACUAACCAAAUAAACAAGAAUUAAACGUUUUCCAACAAUAAAUGAGAGUCUAAAAGCAUUAGUGCAAAGCAUUGUUUGCCACCACUGCUAUAUACACGUAUAUACUACAUGUGUACAGUGUAGAAUGUCUCUCUGCAGCCUGAGAGCCCUGCUUUAGAUGCUCGCUGGAAAUCCUCACAACAUGCUUUCAAAAUGCCUUCAGGUGUCAGGGUGUUCUGCCUUUAGCCCCCGAGCCACAUCGUACACGACCCCACAGGGACGCGGUGGAUGGCGUGAUUGUAGCCCUCCGUGGGCACGCUUCUCUCUUUACCUGCGGAGAGCUGCUCAAAAUGAUGCACCAUUCUGCAGUUUUUGCUUGUGUCACAGGUGAUAUUAUGCACAACAUAGCUGGAGACGUCAAGAUUUAGGAAUAGGGUCGUAAGUUUAAAUACCAUUUGACCUUCGUAGUAAAACAAUACAGAGAAAUAAAAUAAAUGCAUAUUUAUUAAUCACAUGCUUUUCAUUUAGAAGCUAGUAUUACCAUUGUGAUUGAUGCUUCAUUUUGAGUGGCUCCUCAGUAAUGCAACAUACUGUACUGGACAUGAAUGUAGCCAACUAUUACAUAUUUUGUAGAAGCUAAAAUGGUAAUCCACUGCAGCAUCUCAUUAGGAUUUUGUUUAAAUGGUCAUGCUGCAAAGAAAUAACCCAAUAGAAGUAAUCACAUUAAUGAACCAUGUGUGCUGCACAGUGUAAUGUUGAGGGAAGAUGCAAGCACAGCUCCUAAUCCUCCAUAUCGGCGCAGCCAUGAGACAAAACCACAGCAUUGCCUCGGCAUCCUGAACACCAUGAGCUUAGUUGACUGAAUAACUAUUAGACAAAUGUGGUCUUGCCUGCAUGAUUUCCUUUUUUUUAAUUGUUGUGUACAAAUAACAUUGUGUACUGUAUUUUUUGUAUCAUUGAGAUUGUGACUGUUGUUUUUAUUAUAUUGUACAUAAAAAGCACUUUAUUUUAAUUUUUUAAGAUAAAUUAAUAAAAUACAUGUUUGGACAUCUGU